AUGGCUACGGGCAGACUGUCGCCAGCGACCUUAUACAGGCUCAAUCACAGAUUAGGACCUCGCUGCGGCCAUGGCCCAUUGGCCCCUAUCAGGACCUUUGCGAGUUCGUCGUCCCUCUGCCUCCGCACGACCGAGCUCGACGGACCUAGAUUGAGCGGGUUGAAGGUCAACCCAGCCCGGCUCUGGGACACGAUCCACACGACAGCGCAAUGGACUUCGGCCGCGAAACCGAAGACGGGCGAUAUCAGGACUGAGGGACUCUCGCGUCUGGCACUCGCCGACGACGACAAAUCCGCGCGGGACUGGUUCAUCUCCACCACUCAGUCUCUGGGAUGCAGGACCCAUGUGGAUCAGAUGGGAAACAUCUUCGCCAUCAGACCGGGCCUAUCGUCGUCGACCUCUCGGCCCGGCAACAGAGUCGAAGCACCUGCCACGUUUGCCGGCAGCCACUUGGACAGUCAACCGAGUGGCGGACGGUUCGACGGCGUCUUGGGUGUCGCUGCGGGGAUCGAGAUGUUGAGGGUCCUGAAUGAGAACUGGAUCGAGACCGAGGGCGACGUGGGCGUGGUGAACUGGACAAAUGAAGAAGGCGCUAGGUUUCCGGUUAGUAUGAUGGGGAGCUCGGUCUGGGCUGGACGCGUAGGGCUAGAAAAGGCAUGGGGUGUUCGCAGCGUCAGUCCGGGAGUACCCCAGGCCACGGUCAAGGACGAACUGCAAAGAAUUGGAUAUCUAGGAGACGUCCCUUGCUACCGUGAUGGGAAGCCCGGCACACCCUUGGGCGCGCAUUUUGAAUUGCACAUCGAGCAAGGCCCGAAACUCGAAAGGGCGAGACAAAAGGUCGGGAUUGUCGAAGGCGUCCAAGCAUACAAGUGGUUCACCGUCACGAUAACGGGCAGAGAGUCACACUCCGGCACCACGGAUUUCGACAAUCGCGCCGACGCCCUCUAUUUUGCCGCAACCUUUCUGCACAAGAUUCGCAAGAUCGCCGAGAGUCUGAAAGGGCUAGCAACCGUGGGGAUCAUGCACGUCUCUCCCGGCAGCAUCAACACCGUUCCCGGACAGGUCGAGAUGAGUUUAGAUCUGAGAAAUCCUCUGGACAGGGGCUUGAAGAGGAUGGUCAAGAAGGUCGAGGAGUUUAUCCAGCUGGUGAACGAAGGUGAUCACACGGACUCGCAGGACGCGAAAGAAGGGGCCGGCAAGAACCACAGUGCUUCCAAAGCGGCGCCCUCGGAGAGGGUUUCAAGGUUGAAGGACAACCCACUCACGAAGAUCCGAGUCGAGAUGAAGGAAGACUUUUCGAGCGACGCCAUCUCGUUCAACCCAGAGGCACUGCAGUGUAUCGAGGAGAGCGCCCUGGCUGUCUUGGGUGGCGACGCGACCAAGCUCCAGCGAAUGCUGAGCGGCGCGGGCCACGAUUCCGUCUGCACCAAUGUGCACUGUCCGACGGGCAUGAUCUUUGUGCCUUGUAAGGAUGGCGUUUCGCACAAUCCGAGCGAGUGGUGCGAUGAGGAGGACUGCGCUAUAGGGGCGAAUGUGCUUCUUCAUUCGGUGUUGAGGAUGGAUAGGCUGAGGAAGGAGAGAGGAGAUUUUGACUGA